AUGCCAAGAUGGAUGAGGUUCACCUGGCUCAGACUAAAUUGGGCAGAGACAAGAGACAGGUACAGUGAAACAACAGGUAGAUGUGACAGAUCCACGGAGAGAAACUUCAAAUCAGCAAGGAGAUUGUACAUCAAAAGAAAGAAGAAAGAUCAGGUCUGCCUAAUAGCUGAUAGGUUGGGACUCACUGAGUGGGUGUUUCUGGUUCUAUCUGCCACUCAGUUCCUUCUGGGAAUGCUGGGGAAUGGUUUUAUAGAGUUGGUCAAUGGCAGCAGCUGGUUCAAGAACAAGAGAAUCUCUUUGUCUGACUUCAUCAUCACUAUCCUGGCUCUCUCCAGGAUCGUUCUGCUGUGGGUUCUCUUGGUUGAUGGUGUUUUAAUGGUGUUCUCUUCCAAAGUACGUGAGGAAAGGAUAGUAAUGCAAAUUAUUUAUGUUUCCUGGACAUUUACAAGCCAUCUGAGUAUUUGGCUUGCCACCUGUCUCAGUGUCCUCUACUGCCUGAAAAUUGCCAGUUUCUCCCACCCUACAUUCCUCUGGCUCAAGUGGAGAGUUUCCAGAGUCGUCGUAUGGAUGCUCUUGGGUGCGCUGCUCUUAUCAUGUGGCAGUGCCGUGUCUCUGACCCAUGGAUUUAAGAUUUAUUCUGUUUUCCGUGGAACCAAUGGCACAGGGAAUGUGACUGAGCACUUUAAAAAGAGAAAUGAAUAUGGACUGAUCCAUGUUCUUUGGACUCUGUGGAACCUCCCUCCGUUAAUUGUGUCUCUGGCCUCCUACUUUCUGCUCAUCCUCUCCCUGGGAAGGCACAUGUGGCAGAUGCAGCAAAAUGGUACCAGUGCCAGAAAUCUAAGCACUGAGGCUCACAAGAGGGCCAUCAAAAUCAUCCUCUCCUUCCUCUUUCUCUUCCUACUUUACUUUCUUGCCUUUAUAAUUACAACAGCCAGUGAUUUCCUACCAGGAACUAAGAUGGUUAAGAUGAUUGGAGAAAUAAUUACAAUGUUUUAUCCUGCUGGCCACUCAUUUAUUCUCAUUCUGGGAAACAGCAAGCUGAAGCAGAUGUUUGUGGAGAUGCUCUGGUGUAAGCCUGGUCAUCUGAAGUCUGGAUCCAAGGGCUCCUUUUCCCCAUAG